CAAUUGUGUAUGUGCUGUCAUGACAAGCGCUCAUAAGAUAUCGGUAUUCAGUUUGUUAACAAAACUUGUGUAGCAAAGUGUGUGAAAGAGCGAAGUGAGGACAAAAAUGCACAACGAAAUAAUGUGAGAGUAAAAAAAAUGUCGUGUAUACCAUAGAAGAAAACAUUUUUUUGACCGCGCGUUGGUCCUGUUUGUUAACAACAAAAAUAAGUUCAAUUCACUUGGAUUCCGUCUGUAAUUUAGUGUAUUUUGCGUAUUACAUGUGAUAGUUGUUUACAUUGUUCGCUUUGUUCUUCGUGAUAAGCAGUGCAAACUAGUUGUGUGUGCCUGAGUAAAGACCGAAUCAUCAUCACCAAUCACCAAUAAUAAUAAAAAUAAUAAUAAUAAUAAAGAUAUAUAGAUAAUGUGUGAAGAGUGUGCGGUAUUGUACAAAAAACCAUAACCAAUUGUAAAUAUUAUUAUUCUAUGGAUGUUCCAUAGCCGAAACAAUUCGAUACGAAGCAAAUAACAUCGAACAACAACAAAAAAUGAGCGAUUUAUACAUAAAAGGAGACACAAUGGCCGUGUGGAAAAGUGUUGGCGAAAAGAAAUUAUACGGGAUUGCUAAAAAUAAUUACUGUGAAGACAAACCACAUCGAUUGACGUUAGAUGUUGGGGAUUCUGUGAUAAUCAGUGGUGAAUGUACAAAUUGGUAUUAUGGAUAUAAAAAAACGAAUAAAAGCGAAUGUGGUAUAGUCCCAAAAUCGUACAUUCACAUAUUGGACUGUGUGCUGACGUCGAAAAACGAAUACGUUGUAAAGCGAUCAGCAAUCGUCGACGAAAUUACCACAGUGCUGUGCGAAUGGGGCAAUCUGUUCAAGAAAUUUUAUCUUACAAAUCAUGAAAUUUUACAGCCAAUUCGACUCAAAAUACUCGAAUUGAUAGGUUUAAGGUCACAAAUAUUAUCGGGCAAUUUACCCGUUGACGAAAUGAAAAAAGUGAAGCUGAUGGCUACAUCCGAAAUUGACACCGGAAAUAAAAUAUUAGCCCUAGACAUGGUUGUGCGCGACGAAAGUGGCAAUAUUUUGGAUACGACAGUGACAUCAACAACACAGCUGUACGAACAUCACAUCUAUGCCCUUGAUCGGAUACGAAAAGCAACGAACAAUUUGAACAAAAAUCGUUUGUCGAAAACGACCAACAAGCAUUCACACAAUUUGCUGGUCACGGUGCAUGCAUUUGUUUGCAAACACCAGGAGGACUCCGAUUUACUGCUAACGCUGUACGAUGGCGAUGAAAUGAAAGCAAUCACAGAGAACUAUGUUGUUAAAUGGGGACGACAGGGUUUAGCCCGAGAUUUAGAUCAAUUUGAUAAUCAUCGUGUUCUCUUUACGGAUUUGAGCAGCCAAGAUUUGAACAGAAACAAAGUGUAUCUGAUUUGCUAUGCUGUUCGUAUCGGUGCAAUGGAUAUGAAAGAGAACGAUUCAAGGCGCAACAGUAUUACGCCUGGAAUGCUAAGUAUUGGCAAUAAGAAGCAUUCUCAGCUGAGCAUUUCAUCGAACGGUUCCACUGGAAACGAACAAAUGGCAUUGCGACGGCCGUUCGGUGCUGCUGCCAUUGAUUUGACGCCAAUCAUCCGAAAGCCCGAAGAUUUUAAAAACAAUUUGGAUCUGCCAUUCAUUCUAUGUGAAAAAGAAAAUUUGGACAACACACUGAAAAAGCUGCUUAUGAACAAGGAUGUGGGCAAAAUCGAUUCAAAACUAGCAGUCAGCGUUGAACUGUUACAUGGCGAUAUCAAACAGAUCAAAGAGGAGUUUCCGCAUUUGGUGCAUGGAAAUGUGGCGUUUGCUCGCAAAAUGGGCUUUCCCGAAGUCAUUUUCCCCGGUGAUGUACGCAACGACUUGUAUUUGACGCUGGUGAAUGGCGAAUUUGCAAAGAGCUCAAAAAGUAGUGACAAAAAUAUCGAAGUGACAGCCGUUGUUUGUGAUGAAAAGGGUCAAAUUGUGCCAAAUAUUUUGACAUUAGGAGCCGGCGCUUCAAUGUUAAAUGAAUACAAAUCGGUGAUUUACUAUCAUGACGACAAACCCAAAUGGAAUGAAACAUUUAAGAUUGAGUUACCGAUUGAAGAGUUUAAAAACUGCCAUCUGCGAUUCACAUUUAAACAUCGCAGCUCAAACGAGAUGAAAGACAAAGCAGAAAAACCAUUUGGACUGUCCUACGUACGUUUGAUGCAAGACAAUGGGACAACACUACAGCACCAGUGCCAUCAGUUGAUUGUUUACAAAAUUGACCACAAAAAGUAUGACAAAGACACAUUGUCACAAUAUUUGAAAUUACCUUCGCGCACAUUCGAACUAUCCACAAAUGAAAAACCAUCGGCAGGCGGCCUGACCAUCUCACCAAAAGACUCCUUCACAAUUCUAACAAAUCUCUGCAGCACGAAAUUAACUCAAGAUGUGGAUUUGCUCGGUCUUCUGAACUGGUCAACGCACAAAGAGACAUUAGAAGAGUCAUUGAACUCACUGAUGAAAGUCAGUCCCGAAGAGGUUGUGAAAUUUUUGCAAGACAUUUUGGAUGCUCUUUUCAACAUUCUGGUUCAAAAUGAUGACUCACCAAAGUAUGAUCAUUUGGUAUUCAAGUGCCUGUUACGUCUCAUCGAGAUCGUAUCGGAUUUAAAAUAUCAACACUUUCAAUCCGUAUUGGAUUUAUAUAUCAACGAGAGUUUUUCGGCCACAUUGGCCUAUGACAAAUUGAUAAAUGUGCUACAAACCCAUAUUCGAAAUGCAAUAAAUAACACGACGCCCGAAAAUGAGACGCUUUACAAAACGAUGAAAAAUCUGCAAUACAUCAUGAAAUUUGUGAUUCGUUCGCGAAUAUUAUUUGCGAAAUUAAACGAUGAUCGAGAUCAAGAUAUGUUCGAAGCAAGUUUGGAAGAUUUGCUACAGUCAUUUAUAAAAUUGACGGCGUGCCCGAAAGAUUUGCUUCGGUCUCAAGGUGCAAUGUUAAAAUAUUUACAUAUCAUUUCAUCAGAUCUGACGCAAGUGUACGAUCCAGUCAAAUUGAGCACGGUAAUCGUGGAAAUUUUAACAAACAUUGCUCCGGGUCGUUUGACACAGUCAAAGAUGAUUUGUAUCAAGGAAUUGGUCGAUUCCAAACUCUUCAAAAUGCCUGAGUGUCGUAAAAUUUUGCUACCAGUAUUUUGUCGUCAAAUCAAAGACAAACUUGAGAGCAAAGAAGAGGGUGAUGUUAUGAAUGAUAUAUGGCAACAAGAAAAGAAUCUGACAAAGGCUGCAAAAGUAUUGGGUGAAUUGAAAUCGCAUCUUCAUACACGUGAAUCUGCCGCCAAAACAAAGGUUGCCGAAUGUGUUACCAUCAUGAACAACAUGCUUGAGCUGCUGUAUCAUGGAACAAAUGAAAAGAUCGGACCGACAAAGAACGAUAUCAGAGAUAUUAUGCUGAUUCUACUGCGUACUGUGAUUCAAACAUCAAUUGCCAUGGAUCGUGAAAAUCCAAUGGUUGGAAAUCUGGUGGCCAUCAUGCUUGCCAUAUUUCGUAGCAUGGAGAGCAGUCAUUACGAUGAUUAUGUGAAGCAUUUUCGCACACGAUACGACUUACAAGAUUUUCUCACCGAAAUUCUGCUCGUGUUCAAGGAUUUGGUAUCGAAGCCGGUCUUUCCAAAUGACUGGAUGGACAUGAUUAUGCAUCAAAACACCGUAAUUUUGGAGAGUUUGAAGCAUUUUUCGCGCGUGAUUAUGGAUAAUUUCUUUGAUCCAUUCGAAUUGCAAGUCUGGUCAAAUUUCUUCCAUUGUUCGAUCGCAUUUCUCAUUCAACCGCCACUGCAACUGGAUCAGUUUGGGGAAAAUAAAAAAGAUACGAUUCUCUCGCGGUACAAAGAUAUUCGGCACGAAACGGCAUACCAGAUUCGCAGCAUGUGGAUGAAUUUGGGCGAGCACAAAACCCAUUUCGUUCCACAGCUCGUUGGAUCAAUACUGGAAAUGAGUCUUAUACCGGAAGUCGAGCUGCGCCGUGCGACCAUUCCAAUAUUCUUCGAUAUGAUGCAGUGCGAGUACUACACAUCGAAAUACAUGAUCGAAGGCUAUGGCGAUACAAAGCGGAAUAAUUUACAUUACAAGGGAAACUUCAACGAAUUCGAAAAGGAAAUGAUUGAAAAAUUGGAUUUGAUUGUUGAAGGCGGCCGAGGUGAUGAAGAGUAUAAAGAUUUGUUCUACGAAAUCAUGAUGAAAUUGUGCCAAGAGCACAAUACACUGUGCAGUGAGGGUGAGAAAUUCGUUAUAAUCGUCACAAGACUGCUGGAACGUUUACUAGAGUAUCGUUACAUCAUCAAUGACGAAAGCAAAGAGAAUCGUAUGGCCUGUACGGUUAGCCUGUUGCAGUUUUACUCAGAAGUGAACCGCAAAGAAAUGUACAUUCGAUAUGUGAACAAAUUGUGCGAUUUGCAUAUGGAAUUCGAUAAUUACACCGAAGCAGCGUUCACGCUGAAGCUACAUUCGAACCUAUUGAAAUGGGAUGAUACGCAAUUGUCACCACUAUUGAAGUCACACCGGCAUCCAAACUGUCAAACCCAUCGACAGCUCAAAGAGAGCCUCUACAACGAAACCAUUGAAUAUUUCAACAAGGGCAAACAAUGGGAAUGUGCCAUAAAUAUGUGCAAAGAGCUGGCGCAACAGUACGAAAACGAGGUGUACGAUUAUCACAAACUGAGUCUCAUCCAUUUGAAAAUGUCACAGUUUUACGAGAAAAUUCUAAAGGAACUGCGACAUGAAUCUGAAUACUUCCGUGUCGCAUUCUACGGACAGAAAUUCCCCGAAUUCCUACGAAACAGAACAUUCGUUUAUCGGGGCAAGGAGUACGAGCGCCUGAGUGAUUUUUGUUCACGCAUUUUAUCGCAGCACAUUGGAGCUGAUUUGAUGCAAACAUUGACCACGCCAGGUGACGAAAUAACCCAGGGAGAUGGCAUGUUCAUUCAGAUUAACAGCGUUGAACCCAUCAUGGAUGUGAAUGCAGCCAGCUUCUCAAGCCUGCAAGAGAAGAAUAUCGCUCCUGAAAUUGUGAAAUAUCACUUGAAUAACAAUGUACAAAAGUUCAAAUUUUCCCGACCAUAUCGUGAUAAUAAAACGGGCGGUGACGAAAACAGCGUAACCAAUCUAUGGCUAGAACGAACCGUAAUGAAGACCAAAUUUCCAUUGCCUGGCAUACUGCGCUGGUUUGAAGUUAUUCAAUCCGAAACAUUCAAGAUAUCGCCCAUAUCGUAUGCGGUCGAAACCAUGGAAUCCACGAAUAAAGUUAUUCGCGCUUUGAUCAUUGCGCAUAGAAAUGAUGAGACGCUGCCAAUAAAUCCGCUCAGCAUGAAAAUUAACGGAGUUGUGGAUCCAGCUGUUAUGGGCGGUUUUAGCAAGUACGAAGAAGCAUUCCUCACUGAAGAAUACAUUCAAAACAAUCCGGCUGAUGAACGUCUCAUUGAGAAGCUCAAGGAUCUGAUUGCAUCGCAAAUUCCUCUGCUCGAAUUGGCAUUGCUUGUGCAUCGGGCCAAGGCACCGUCAACGCUUAUGCCAUUCCAUGAAAGGCUGGAAAAAUGCUUUGCUGAAAUGCAGGCCAACGUUGAGUCGAAGUACGGAAAACGAACAAGUGAUCUGAAUCGUGACUCAUUUGUUAUGAUGCGUCGCCAGAGUAUAAUGCCGCAGAUAAGCUAUGAAAAUCGUCUGUCCGAAACGAGCAUCGGUUCAAACGAUAGUGGUCUGUCAAAAUCGACUCAAGGAAGUCGUCAGCAAACCAGUUCUAUAAUAUCAACCUUCGGCUUUAACUUUAAUCCUACCAAUAGAAAUCCGGCCGGAUCGCCAAGCACCAAAGGAAAAUCAAAAGAUAAAAAUAGCAGCAAACGACGAUCUAGCAAAAGGAUUGGCGAUCGGGAUUCUCUCAGUUUAAAUCUUUCAACGAGUCAGUUUUACACGUCAGCCUUGACGCCAAUUUCAUCAACACCGCCAAUGGAAACGGAGCCAACAUCAAUAGCUUCAUCAACCCCAACGACUGUUACAACACCAGUUGUAGAAUUAACCGAAGAAUUGACACCGAAGAGACCAUUGCGUUCCGAAGUUGAACGUGAGAAGCGUUUGUCAAGACCGACAAGUAUCGUAAGCCCAAACAUAAAAGGAUCCCAGACCGGUGUCGAUUCUCAAUCGCUAUCAGGAGACAGUAGUAAUCGAAAUUCAAUUGUGACAACAGAUUCAACAACAUCUGAAGAUGAUUCAAUCCCACCGCCAUUGCCAGCAAAAACGCGUGACAGUAAUGAUUACAGUAACUUACCAUUAGCUUGUGUGAACAUUCAAGACAGUUGCGGAAGUGAAAAUUAUUCCAUCGUUGUUGGACGAUGGGGAAACAAACCGUUGCCGGCUGAACCAAUCUGUAUCAAUAAUUCGUCAUACGAUUAUGUGGAUGCACAAACUUUGAUCGAAAAUAGACGUCGACCACCUACCCCGCCACCGAAACCAACACGAAAUAGCAAAUUUGUACCGGCAUAAGAAUGAUUAUAGCAUAACAGUUUGCCAUAUUUUAGAAAAAUACCUACUUCUGCCGGCGGAUUUAAAGAAUAUCAAACAUGUAUUUUAAGAUUGCUGAGCAUCUCAGCAUUUCGUAAGGCACGGAUAUAUCCGAGCAUAUCGACGACGCAUACAGUGACGUACGUUGCUACGCGCAGCCGCAACGACUCGACCGGAAUGUGUAUGUUGUUGCUGCGUGCAGCCACAUCAACUGAACACACUUCGGUCGAGUCGUUGCGGCUGCACGUAGCAACACACUCCACUGUAUUAUACAGUAUGCGUCGUCGAUAUGCUCAGAUAUAUCCAAGCCUUACGAAAUGCUGAGAUGCUUAGUAAUCUUAAAACACAUGUUUGAAGAAUAUAUACUAUGACAACGCCCGAGAUGCACAAUCAUUCAGAAUAUUAACAUGUCAAGAGACGUUAGUAGCAAAUCAACAAGAUUCAACCAUUUUCAAGUUGAAUUCUUAGUAACCGAAAUUAGUUCAUUAUCUCAAAAUUAAACUUGACUUUUGCUCAGAAGCAAAUAUCGUUCCAAAUCAUCUACAAAAAAAAUACUUACCUUUAUUAUUUAGGGAUUUUCAGACAAAAUAUACUCUGUUAAGAAUAAGAACCAUGUGUCUAUUGUAUAGGAAAAUAUUGUAAGUUUUACCACAGAAUAAGAGAAACGUACAAGUUGUGUUAUUAGUUUGUUUAUAUACACGCACAUACAAAAGAAAUUGUGCUUCAGUUAGAUAAAUUGUAUUUUGCAGAGAGAAUUUUAUAUCGAUCUAUAUAUUAUAUGAAUGUUUCUUUCCAACUCAUAUAGCAAGAGCCUAGAGUUUUUAGAUUUAAAAAAAAAAUACACAGUUUUUAGUGCUUUAUUGCGAUCGACAUUUAAGUGCCUAUAUUUUUUUGUAAAAUUAAGAUUUCUGACUGGCCAAAGAUUUGUCAUAAAAAUAAACAAAAAUAGAUUCAUCAUUUUGAGCGAAUAAUA